UGCCUCCGCGCGCGGGGGCCCGGCCACUCGGAGCAGCUCCGCCGCGGGGACUGCACCGCCCGCCCUGCCGGACCCGCCCCGACCGGGGCUCGCCGCCUGCAGCAGCCGCAGCACCGCGACCUGGGGCCCCGCGCGGGCUACGGCUGUGCCCGGGGGCUGAGCGCGCAGGGAGAUCCUGUGUCAGCUCCGUUUUCACAGAGGAGGAGAUGGAUGUUCAGAGAAGCUGUGUGACCGAGAUUCCUGACGAGAGAGACUGAGAAGAGAGGAAGGAGGGGCGGGCUCCUGGCAAGGCAUCCGCUCCUGAACUGAGUCCUGCAAAAGAAGCAGGCAUCUGAGACACGCUGCACUCCCUGCGAGUUCACAGCACCAGAGAUCCUUGGCUUUCUCGUCUCCUCAUGCCCUCGAGCCCCCACUGUCCUGAGCCCCCGUUUCCUUACCUCACCCCAGAUGGAGAAGGAAGAGGACACGACCCGGGAGCUGCUGCUGCCCAACUGGCAGGGCAGCGGCUCCCACGGGCUGACCAUCGCCCAGAGGGACGAUGGCGUCUUUGUGCAGGAGGUGAUGCAGAACUCCCCUGCGGCCCGCACUGGGGUGGUCAGAGAGGGGGACCAGAUUGUGGGUGCCACCAUCUACUUUGACAACCUGCAGUCAGGCGAGGUGACCCAGCUGCUGAACACCAUGGGGCACCACACCGUGGGCCUGAAGCUGCAUCGCAAGGGGGACCGCUCCCCUGAGCCUGGCCAGACGUGGGCCCACGAAAUCUUCAGCUCCCGAAGCUCCGAGGUGGUUCUGAGCGGGGAUGAUGAGGACUACCAGCGCAUCUACACCACGAAGAUCAAGCCUCGGCUGAGGUCAGAGGAUGGACUAGAAGGGGAUCCUGGGGAGACCCAGAGCCGCACCAUCACGGUGACUAGAAGGGUCACGGCCUACACUGUCGAUGUGACAGGCCGCGAAGGAGCCAGGGAGAUCGAUAUCAGCAGCCCAGAGUUCAAGAUCAAGAUUCCACGGCAUGAACUGACGGAAAUCUCCACUGUGGAUGUGGACACCCACUCUGGCCAGACAGUGAUCAGACUGCCCUCGGGCCCGGGGGCAGUGUCUCCUACCACAGGCUCAGUUGUGGACAUCCGAGCGGGGUCCGUUUCCGCUUCAGGACUAGAGCUCCAAGGUGCUGGCCACUCGAAGCUCCAGGUCACCGUGCCUGGGAUAAAGGUGGGGAGCCCAGGUGUCAAUGUCAGUGCAAAAGGCUUGAACUUGGGUGGCAAAAGAGGGGUCCAAGUUCCAGGAGUGGACAUUUCGUCUUCUCUUGGGGGUGGGGCAGUGGAGGUGCAGGACCCGUCUCUGGAGAGUGGCAGUAAUGGGAAAAUUAAAAUUCCCACUAUGAAGGUGCCAAAAUUCAGUGUCUCAACAGCACCUGAGGUCCAGGCACCCGUGGCAGGGCUGAGCGUUUCUGUACCUGAAUUCUCUGUGGAGCACAAGGGUGGCAAGCCAGGCCUGACCAUUGGCGGGAACAUCCAGACCCCUCAGCUAGAAGUCAGUGCUCCUUCUGCCAAUAUUGAGGGGUACGAGGGGAAGCUGAAGGGCCCCCAGAUCACUGGGCCAUCCCUUGAGAGUAACCUAGGCCUGAAAGGUGCCAAGCCACAGGGGAGCAUAGGGGUGGACAUCUCAGGGCCCCAAAUCGAGGGCACUCUCAGCGGCUCCAGUGUGGAAGUUCAAGCCCCUGACAUUGAUAUUCAUGGUCCUGGGGGCAAACUGAGUAUGCCCAAGGUGAAAGUUCCCAAAUUCUCUGUAUCAGGUUCUAAGGGAGGGGGAGCUGGCAUUGAUGUGGCACUGCCCACAGGUGAAGUGACUCUUCCUGGGAUGUCUGGGGACGUCAGCCUGCCUGAAGUUGCUGCUGGGGGGCUGGAAGGGAAGGUGAAGGGUACGAAAGUCAAGACUCCUGAAAUGAGCAUACAGAAACCUAAAAUCUCCAUGCAGGAUGUGGAUCUGAGCCUUGGAUCCCCUAAACUGAAGGGAGAUAUUAAGGUUUCAGUGCCUGGGGUGCAAGGUGAUGUUAAAGGCCCUCAAGUGGCAGUUAAGGGCUCCAAAGUGGACAUAGAGACACCUAGCCUUGAGGGGACCCUGACGGGACCCACGCUUAGUAGUCCUUCUGGGAAAACAGGAACGUGCAGGAUCUCUAUGACAGAUGUAGAUCUCAAUGUGGCUGCACCUAAAGUGAAAGGGGGUGUAGAUGUCAUACUCCCCAAAGUAGAAGGGAAAGCCAAAGUCCCUGAAGUGGAUGUCAAAGACCCCAAAGUGGAUGUCAGUGCCCCAGGUGUGGAAGUUCAUGGCCCAGAAUGGAACCUGAAAAUGCCCAAGUUCAGCCCUCCAGGAGUUGAAGGGGAAGGCCCAGAUGUAGAUGUGAAACUACCCAAAGAUGUCAGUAUUUUGGGGCCCAAGGUCAAUGUGGAGGCCCCAAAUGUCAACAUAGGGGGUCUGGGAGGCAAACUUAAAGGCCCUGACAUUAAGCUGCCUGAAGUGAGUGUCAAGACACCAAAGAUCUCCAUACCUGAUGUCGAUUUGCAUGUUAAAGGCACAAAGGUAAAAGGAGAGUAUGAUGUAACAGUCCCAAAACUUGAAGGGGAACUGAAAGGCCCCAAAGUGGACCUUGAUGCCCCAGAUGUGGAUGUUCAGGGCCCAGACUGGCAUCUGAAGAUGCCCAAGAUGAAAAUGCCCAAAAUCAGUGUGCCAGGGUUCAAAGCAGAGGGCCCAGAAGUGGAUGUGAACCUGCCCAAGGCUGAUGUGGACAUUUCUGGGCACAAGGUGGAUGUUAGUGCUCCAGAUGUGAGCAUUGAGGGACCAGAAGGGAAAUUGAAAGGACCUAAGUUUAAGAUACCUGAGAUGAAUAUCAAAGCCCCGAAGAUCUCCAUGCCAGAUGUGGACUUACAUUUGAAAGGCCCUAAAGUAAAAGGAGAAUACGAUGUCACAGUGCCUAAAGUGGAAGGUGAGAUUAAAGUUCCUGAUGUUGAACUUAAAAGUGCCAAAGUGGAUAUCGAUGUUCCAGAUGUGGAUGUUCACGGCCCAGACUGGCACCUGAAGAUGCCCAGAAUGAAAAUGCCCAAGUUCAGCAUGCCAGGCUUCAAAGCAGAGGGCCCAGAAGUGGAUGUGAACCUGCCCAAGACUGACAUUGACAUCUCGGGACCCACGGUGGACGUUGAAGUUCCAGAUGUGAACAUCGAAGGACCUGAAGGAAAGCUGAAGGGUCCCAAGUUUAAGAUGCCUGAGAUGAAUAUCAAGGCCCCUAAGAUCUCUAUGCCUGAUGUGGAUUUGCAUAUGAAAGGUCCCAAGGUAAAGGGAGAAUAUGAUGUUACGCUGCCAAAGAUGGAAGGGGACCUCAAAGGGCCAAAAGUAGAUGUCAGUGCCCCAGAUGUUGAAGUUCAUGGUCCUGAAUGGAACCUAAAGAUGCCCAAGAUGAAAAUGCCCAAAUUUACCAUGCCCAGCCUCAAAGGGGAGGGCCCAGAAGUGGAUGUGAGCCUGCCCAAGGCUGAUGUGGACAUUUCUGCACCCAAGGUAGAUAUUGGUGCUCCAGAUUUGAGCCUUGAAGGACCAGAAGGAAAGUUGAAAGGCCCCAAGUUUAAGAUGCCUGAGAUGCACUUCAAGGCUCCUAAGAUGACUCUGCCAGAUGUUGAUUUGGAUCUUAAAGGACCCAAAAUGAAAGGCAAUCUAGAUAUGUCAGUACCAAAAAUAGAAGGUGAGAUGAAAGUUCCAGAUGUGGACAUCAAAGGACCCAAGGUAGACAUUAAAGCACCAGAUGUGGAAGUCCAAGGUGCAGACUGGAGCCUGAAAAUGCCCAAGAUGAAAAUGCCUAAGUUCAGCAUGCCCGGCUUGAAAGGUGAGGGCCCAGAUGUGGAUGUGAACCUGCCCAAGGCUGACGCUGACAUCUCUGGACCCAAAGUUGACAUUGAAGCCCCAGAUGUGAGCCUUGAAGGUCCAGAAGGGAAGCUGAAGGGCCCCAAGUUUAAGAUGCCUGAGAUGCACUUCAAGACCCCCAAGAUCUCCAUGCCUGACGUGGACUUACACUUGAAAGGUCCUAAGGUGAAGGGGGAUGUGGACGUGUCGGUGCCCAAGAUAGAAGGUGAAAUGAAAGUGCCAGAUGUGGACAUCAAAGGACCCAAAGUGGAUGUCGAUGUCCCAGAUGUGGACAUUCACGGCCCAGACUGGAACUUGAAAAUGCCCAAGAUGAAAAUGCCCAAAUUUAGCAUGCCUGGCUUCAAAGGUGAGGGCCCGGGAGUGGAUGUGAAUGUGCCCGAGGCUGACAUUGACAUCUCUGGACCCACAGUGGACAUUGAAGCCCCAGAUGUCAACAUUGAAGGACCGGAAGGAAAGCUGAAAGGCCCCAAGUUUAAGAUGCCUGAGAUGCACUUCAAGGCUCCCAAGAUCUCCAUGCCUGAUGUGAACUUGAAUCUUAAGGGGCCAAAACUAAAGGGAGAUGUGGAUGUGUCUGUGCCUGAUGUAGAAGGUGAAAUAAAAGUGCCAGAUGUGGACAUUAAAGGGCCCAAAGUUGACAUCAGUGCUCCAGAUGUGGAUGUUCAUGGCCCAGAUUGGCACCUAAAGAUGCCCAAGGUGAAAAUGCCCAAGUUCAGCAUGCCUGGCUUCAAAGGUGAGGGCCCAGAAGUCGAUGUGAACUUGCCCAAGGCCAACAUUGAUGUCUCAGGGCCCAAGGUGGAUGUUGAAGUUCCAGAUGUGAAUAUCCAUGGUCCCGAUGCAAAAGUAAAAGGUCCUAAAUUUAAGAUGCCAGAAAUGAAUAUAAAGCCUCAGAAGAUAUCCAUGCCAGAUGUUGGUUUGCAUUUGAAAGGUCCUAAAAUGAAAGGAGAUUAUGAUGUUACAAUUCCAAAAGUAGAAGGAGAGAUAAAAGCUCCUGAUGUUGACAUCAAAGGUCCCAAAGUGGACAUUAAUGCACCAGAUGUAGGAGUUCAUGGCCCAGACUGGCAUCUAAAGAUGCCCAAAGUGAAAAUGCCCAAGUUCAGCAUGCCAGGCUUCAAAGGAGAGGGCCCAGAAGUGGAUGUAAACCUGCCAAAGGCUGACAUUGAUGUCUCAGGACCCAAGGUGGACAUUGAUGUUCCAGAUGUGAAUAUUGAAGGUCCAGAGGGGAAACUAAAGGGUCCCAAGUUCAAGAUGCCAAGCAUGAAUAUACAGACGCACAAAAUCUCUAUGCCUGAUGUUGGACUUAAUCUAAAAGCCCCUAAGCUGAAAACUGAUGUAGAUGUUUCCCUGCCCAAAGUGGAAGGAGACUUGAAAGGUCCUGAAAUUGACAUGAAGGCCCCGAAGAUGGAUGUGGAUGUUGGUGAUAUUGAUACUGAAGGUCCAGAAGGGAAGCUGAAAGGUCCUAAGUUUAAGAUGCCAGACAUGCACUUCAAGACUCCCAAGCUCUCCAUGCCUGAUGUGGACUUACACUUGAAAGGCCCCAAAGUCAAAGGGGAUGCAGAUGUGUCUAUGCCGAAGAUAGAAGGUGAAAUGAAAGUGCCAGAUGUGGACAUCAAAGGGCCCAAAGUAGACAUCGAUGUCCCAGAUGUGGAUGUUCAUGGCCCAGACUGGCACCUGAAGAUGCCCAAGGUGAAAAUGCCCAAGUUCAGUAUGCCUGGCUUCAAAGGUGAGGGCCCAGAAGUGGAUGUGAACCUGCCCAAGGCUGACAUUAAUGUGUCUGGCCCCAAAGUGGACAUUGAUGCUCCUGAUUUGGAUAUAGAGGGGCCAGAAGGAAAAUUAAAGGGCUCUAAAUUUAAGAUGCCUAAGUUGAAUAUCAAAGCUCCUAAGAUAUCCAUGCCAGAUGUGGACUUGAAUUUGAAGGGACCCAAAGUGAAAGGAGAAAUUGAUGCUUCUGUGCCUGAGCUAGAAGGUGAUCUCAGAGGUCCACAAGUUGAUAUCAAAGGUCCCAGUGUGGAUGUGGAGAUGCCUGAUGUUGAUCUGGAAUGUCCUGAUGCAAAGUUGAAAGGCCCUAAAUUUAAGAUGCCUGAGAUGCACUUCAAGACCCCCAAGAUCUCCAUGCCUGACGUGGACUUACACUUGAAAGGUCCUAAGGUGAAGGGGGAUGUGGACGUGUCGGUGCCCAAGAUAGAAGGUGAAAUGAAAGUGCCAGAUGUGGACAUCAAAGGACCCAAAGUGGAUGUCGAUGUUCCAGAUGUGGACAUUCACGGCCCAGACUGGAACUUGAAAAUGCCCAAGAUGAAAAUGCCCAAAUUUAGCAUGCCUGGCUUCAAAGGUGAGGGCCCGGGAGUGGAUGUGAAUGUGCCCGAGGCUGACAUUGACAUCUCUGGACCCACAGUGGACAUUGAAGCCCCAGAUGUCAACAUUGAAGGACCGGAAGGAAAGCUGAAAGGCCCCAAGUUUAAGAUGCCUGAGAUGCAUUUCAAGGCUCCCAAGAUCUCCAUGCCUGAUGUGAACUUGAAUCUUAAGGGGCCAAAACUAAAGGGAGAUGUGGAUGUGUCUGUGCCAAAAUUGGAAGGAGAUUUGAAAGGGCCCAGUGUGGACGUGGAGAUGCCUGACGUUGAUCUGGAAUGUCCUGAUGCAAAGCUGAAAGGCCCUAAGUUUAAGAUGCCAGACAUGCACUUCAAGACCCCCAAGAUCUCCAUGCCUGAUGUGGACUUACACUUGAAAGGCCCCAAAGUGAAAGGGGAUGUGGAUGUGUCUGUGCCCAAGAUAGAAGGUGAAAUGAAAGUGCCAGAUGUGGACAUUAAAGGCCCCAAAAUAGACAUUGAUGCCCCAGAUGUGGAUGUUCAUGGCCCAGACUGGCACCUGAAGAUGCCCAAGGUGAAAAUGCCCAAGUUCAGUAUGCCUGGCUUCAAAGGAGAGGGACCAGAUGUGGAUGUGAACCUACCCAAGGCUGACAUUGACAUCUCUGGACCCAAGGUGGACAUUGAAGCCCCGGAUAUGAACAUUGAGGGUCCAGAAGGUAAACUGAAAGGUCCGAAGUUCAAGAUGCCUGAAAUGCACUUUCAUGCGCCUAAGAUCUCCAUGCCUGAUGUUGAUUUCAACUUAAAAGGGCCUAAAAUCAAAGGAGACUUUGAUGUUUCUGCCCCAAAGCCGGAGGGAGAGUUAAAGGGUCCAGAAGUGGAUGUCAGAGGUCCCAAAUUGGAUGUUGACAUGCCAGACAUAGCUGUGGAAGGUCCAGAUGGCAAAUGGAAAAGUCCUAAAUUUAAGAUGCCAGACAUGCACUUUAAAGCUCCCAAAAUAUCCAUGCCAGACAUUGAUCUACACUUAAAAAGUCCCAAGAUAAAGGGAGAGGUGGAUGUUGAUGUUCCCAAACUGCAAGGUGACCUCAAAGGGCCAGACCUCAAAGAUGACAUCAGUGGGCCAGAUAUCAACAUCGAAGGACCAGAGGGCAAAUUGAAAGGUCCCAAGUUCAAGAUGCCUGACAUGCAUUUCAAAGCCCCAAAUAUUUCUAUGCCUGAUGUGGACCUAAAUUUGAAAGGACCAAAAAUCAAGGGGGAUGUUGAUGUGUCUGUGCCUGAGGUAGAAGGUAAAAUUAAAGUACCAGAUGUGAACAUCAAGGGCCCCAAAGUAGACAUAAAUGCUCCUGAUGUUCAUGGCCCAGACUGGCACCUGAAAAUGCCCAAAAUGAAAAUGCCCAAGUUCAGCAUGCCUGGUUUCAAAGCAGAGGGUCCAGAGGUAGACGUGAAUCUUCCCAAGGCUGACACUGAUGUCUCAGGACCCAAAGUUGACAUUGAAGCCCCAGAUAUGAGCAUCGAGGGUCCAGAGGGAAAAAUCAAGGGGCCUAAAUUUAAGAUGCCAGAAAUGAACAUCAAAACUCCCAAGAUCUCCAUGCCAGAUGUAGAUUUACACUUGAAAAGUCCUAAGGUCAAAGGUGAUGUGGACAUUUCCCUGCCUAAGGUGGAAGGUGACCUGAAGGCCCCCAAAGGGGACAUUGAUGUCCCAGAUGUUGAUGCUCAGGGCCCAGACUGGCACCUGAAAAUGCCCAAGAUGAAAAUGCCCAAGUUCAGCAUGCCAGGCUUCAAAGGAGAGGGCCCAGAAGUGGACGUGAACCUGCCCAAGGCUGACAUUGACAUCUCAGGACCCAAGGUGGACAUUGAAGGCCCUGAUGUUAACAUUGAGGGUCCUGAGGGAAAGUUGAAAGGUCCUAAGUUCAAGAUGCCUGAGAUGAACAUCAAAGCCCCCAAGAUCUCCAUGCCUGACUUUGAUUUGCACCUGAAAGGCCCCAAGGUAAAGGGUGAUGUGGAUGUGUCUCUGCCCAAAGUGGAAGGUGACCUAAAGGCCCCUGAAGUUGACAUCGAGGGCCCCAAGGUGGAUGUUGAUGUCCCAGAUGUGGAUGUCCGUGGCCCAGACUGGCACCUGAAGAUGCCCAAGAUGAAAAUGCCCAAGUUCGGCAUGCCUGGCUUCAAAGGAGAGGGCCCAGAAGUGGACGUGAACCUGCCCAAAGCUGACAUUGAUGUCUCAGGACCCAAGGUGGACAUUGAAGGCCCUGAUGUUAACAUUGAGGGUCCUGAGGGAAAGUUGAAAGGUCCUAAGUUCAAGAUGCCUGAGAUGAACAUCAAAGCCCCCAAGAUCUCCAUGCCUGACUUUGAUUUGCACCUGAAAGGUCCCAAGGUAAAGGGUGAUGUGGAUGUGUCUCUGCCCAAAGUGGAAGGUGACCUAAAGGCCCCUGAAGUUGACAUCAAAAUCCCCAAGGUGGACGUUGAUGUCCCAGAUGUGGAUGUUCAUGGCCCAGACUGGCACCUGAAGAUGCCCAAGAUGAAAAUGCCCAAGUUCAGCAUGCCUGGCUUCAAAGGAGAGGGCCCAGAAGUGGAUGUGAACCUGCCCAAGGCUGACAUAGAUGUGUCAGGACCCAAAGUGGAUGUUGAAUGUCCUGAUGUGAAUAUUGAAGGACCUGAAGGAAAGUGGAAAAGUCCAAAGUUUAAGAUGCCUGAAAUGCAUUUGAAGACCCCAAAGAUAUCUAUGCCAGAUAUUGAUCUUAAUCUAACAGGUCCAAAAAUAAAAGGAGAUGUGGAUGUCACAGGUCCCAAGCUAGAGGGAGACCUGAAAGGCCCUGAAGUCGACCUCAGAGGCCCCAAAGUGGACAUUGAUGUCCCAGAUGUUGAUGCUCAGGGCCCAGACUGGCACCUGAAAAUGCCCAAGAUGAAAAUGCCCAAGUUCAGCAUGCCAGGCUUCAAAGGAGAAGGCCCAGAAGUGGACGUGAACCUGCCCAAGGCUGACAUUGAUGUGACUGGACCUAAGGUGGACAUUGAAGGCCCUGAUGUUAACAUUGAGGGUCCUGAGGGAAAGUUGAAAGGUCCUAAGUUCAAGAUGCCUGAGAUGAACAUCAAAGCCCCCAAGAUCUCCAUGCCUGACUUUGAUUUGCACCUGAAAGGCCCCAAGGUAAAGGGUGAUGUGGAUGUGUCUCUGCCCAAAGUGGAAGGUGACCUAAAGGCCCCUGAAGUUGACAUCGAGGGCCCCAAGGUGGAUGUUGAUGUCCCAGAUGUGGAUGUCCAUGGCCCAGACUGGCACCUGAAGAUGCCCAAGAUGAAAAUGCCCAAGUUCGGCAUGCCUGGCUUCAAAGGAGAGGGCCCAGAAGUGGAUGUGAACCUACCCAAGGCUGAUUUUGAUGUCUCAGGACCCAAGGUGGACAUUGAAGGCCCUGAUGUUAACAUUGAGGGUCCUGAGGGAAAGUUGAAAGGUCCUAAGUUCAAGAUGCCUGAGAUGAACAUCAAAGCCCCCAAGAUCUCCAUGCCAGACAUUGAUCUUAACCUGAAGGGCCCCAAACUGAAGGGUGAUGUGGAUGUGUCUUUACCAAAAGUGGAAGGUGAGAUUAAAGUUCCUGAAGUUGACAUCAAGGGCCCCAAAGUGGAUGUUGAUGUUCCAGAUGUGGAUGUUCAUGGCCCAGAUUGGCACCUGAAGAUGCCCAAGAUAAAAAUGCCCAAGAUCAGCAUGCCUGGCUUCAAAGGAGAGGGCCCAGAAGUGGAUGUGAACCUGCCCAAGGCUGACAUUGAUGUCUCAGGACCCAAGGUGGACAUUGAUGUUCCAGAUGUGAAUAUUGAAGGUCCAGAUGCAAAACUGAAGGGCCCCAAGUUCAAGAUGCCAGAGAUGAACAUCAAAGCUCCGAAGAUAUCCAUGCCAGAUUUGGACCUUAACCUUAAAGGCCCUAAGAUGAAAGGAGAGGUGGAUGUUUCCCUUCCAAAUGUAGAAGGUGAUGUGAAAGGGCCUACUCUUGACAUCAAGGGUCCAAAGAUAGAUGUAGAUGCUCCAGAUAUUGACAUUCAUGGCCCUGAAGGCAAAUUGAAAGGUCCCAAACUGAAGAUGCCAGACAUGCAUGUAAACAUGCCCAAGAUCUCCAUGCCAGAAAUUGACCUGAAUUUGAAAGGGACAAAACUUAAAGGAGAUGUUGAUGUUUCUGGGCCCAAAUUGGAAGGUGACAUUAAAGCUCCCAAGUUGGAUGUAAAGGGUCCAGAAGUGGACAUUUCUGGUCCUAAGGUCAAUCUUGAAGGCAAGUCAAAGAAAUCACGUUUUAAGCUUCCUAAAUUUAACUUUUCAGGCUCCAAAGUUCCGACACCUGAGGUGGAUGUCAAAGUUAAAAAGCCAGAUAUUGAUGUGACAGGUCCAAAAGUUGAUAUUAAUGCUCCUGAUGUUGAGGUUCAAGGGAAAGUGAAAGGAUCCAAGUUCAAAAUGCCUUUCCUGAGUAUUUCAUCUCCUAAAGUUUCUAUGCCUGAUGUGGAGUUAAAUCUGAAAGGUCCUAAAGUUAAAGGAGACUUAGAUGUUACAGCUCCUAAUUUAGAAGGUGACUUUAAAGGACCCAAAGUAGAUAUUAAAGGACCAGAAGUUCAUCUUGAUGCACCUGAUGUGGAUGUUCAUGGUCCAGAUUGGAAUUUGAAAAUGCCCAAAAUGAAAAUGCCCAAGUUUGGUGUGCCCGGCUUAAAAGCGGAAGGGCCGGAAAUGGCUGUGGAUCUGCCAAAAGGAGAUAUCAACAUAGAGGGCCCCAGAGUGGACAUUGAGGGUCCAGAAAUCAAUGUGGAAGGUGCAGAAGGAGGCUUAAAAGGUCCCAAACUCAAGAUGCCUGACAUGAAUAUCAAAACUCCCAAGAUCUCCAUGCCUGACAUUGAUUUAGACCUGAAGGGCCCCAAGGUGAAAGGUGAUAUGGAUGUUUCUCUGCCCAAAGUUGAAGGGGAUCUGAAAGGGCCAGAGAUUGAUAUCAAAGGGCCCAAAGUGGACAUUGAUGCCCCUGGUGUGGAUGUUCAUGGCCCAGACUGGCACCUGAAAAUGCCCAAGAUGAAAAUGCCCAAGUUCAGCAUGCCUGGCUUCAAAGGUGAAGGCCCAAAUGUGGAUGUUACCAUCCCUAAAGCUGACAUUGAUAUUUCUGGCCCCAAAGUGGACAUUGAUGCCCCAGAUGUGAGUAUUGAAGGUCCAGAUGCAAAACUGAAGGGCCCCAAGUUCAAGAUGCCUGAGAUGAACAUCAAAGCCCCCAAAAUCUCCAUGCCUGACCUUGAUCUGAACUUGAAGGGCCCCCAAAUAAAAGGUGAUGUGGAUAUGUCUUUGCCAAAAGUAGAAGGUGACCUAAAGGGCCCUGAGGUGGACAUAAAGGGCCCCAAAGUGGACAUCGACACUCCUGAUAUUAACAUUGAAGGCCCAGAGGGGAAACUGAAGGGGCCCAAAUUCAAGAUGCCAGAGAUGCACCUAAAGACUCCUAAGAUUUCCAUGCCUGAUACUGAUUUAAACCUGAAGGGCCCCAAGGUGAAGGGCAAUGUGGAUGUUUCCCUUCCCAAGUUUGAAGGGGAUCUGAAAGGCCCUGAAGUGGACCUCAAAGGUCCCAAAGUGGGCAUUGAUGCCCCUGAUGUGGAUGUUCAUGGACCAGACUGGCACCUGAAGAUGCCCAAGAUGAAAAUGCCCAAGUUCGGCAUGCCUGGCUUCAAAGGAGAGGGCCCAGAAGUGGACGUAAACCUGCCCAAAGCUGACAUUGAUGUCUCAGGACCCAAGGUGGACAUUGAAGGCCCUGAUGUUAACAUUGAGGGUCCUGAGGGAAAGUUGAAAGGUCCUAAGUUCAAGAUGCCUGAGAUGAACAUCAAAGCCCCCAAGAUCUCCAUGCCUGACUUUGAUCUGCACCUGAAAGGCCCCAAGGUAAAGGGUGAUGUGGAUGUUUCCCUGCCUAAAGUGGAAGGUGACCUAAAAGGCCCUGAAGUUGACAUCAAGGGCCCCAAGGUGGAAGUUGAUGUCCCAGAUGUGGAUGUCCAUGGCCCAGACUGGCACCUGAAAAUGCCCAAAAUAAAAAUGCCCAAGAUCAGCAUGCCUGGCUUCAAAGGAGAGGGCCCAGAAGUGGACGUGAACCUGCCCAAAGCUGACAUUGAUGUCUCAGGACCCAAGGUGGACAUUGAUGUUCCAGAUGUGAAUAUCGAAGGUCCAGAUGCAAAACUGAAGGGCCCCAAGUUCAAGAUGCCUGAGAUGAACAUCAAAGCCCCCAAGAUCUCCAUGCCUGACUUUGAUUUGCACCUGAAAGGUCCUAAGAUGAAAGGAGAUGUGGAUGUUUCUCUGCCUAAGGUGGAAGGUGACCUAAAGGCCCCUGAAGUUGACAUCAAAGGGCCCAAAGUGGACAUUGAUGUCCCCGAUGUGGACGUUCAUGGUCCAGACUGGCACCUGAAGAUGCCCAAGGUGAAAAUGCCCAAGUUCAGCAUGCCUGGCUUCAAAAGCGAGGGCCCUGAUGUGGAUGUGAACCUGCCCAAAGCUGACAUUGACAUCUCAGGACCCAAGGUGGACAUAGACGCUCCUGAUGUUGACAUUCAUGGCCCAGAAGGGAAACUGAAGGGUCCCAAGUUUAAAAUGCCUGAUCUGCACCUCAAGACACCCAAGAUCUCCAUGCCUGAAGUGGACCUGAAUCUGAAGGGUCCCAAGGUAAAGGGUGAUGUGGAUGUGUCUCUGCCCGAAGUGGAAGGUGACCUAAAGGCCCCUGAAGUUGACAUCAAGGGCCCCAGAGUGGACAUUGACGUCCCAGAUGUGGAUGUUCAUGGCCCAGACUGGCACCUGAAGAUGCCCAAGGUGAAAAUGCCCAAGUUCAGCAUGCCUGGCUUCAAAGGAGAAGGCCCAGAAGUGGAUGUGAACCUGCCCAAGGCUGACAUUGAUGUCUCAGGACCCAAGGUGGACAUUGAUGUUCCAGAUGUGAAUAUUGAAGGUCCAGAUGCAAAACUGAAGGGCCCCAAGUUCAAGAUGCCAGAGAUGAACAUCAAAGCUCCUAAGAUUUCCAUGCCUGAUAUUGACUUUAACCUGAAAGGUCCCAAGGUAAAGGGUGAUGUGGAUGUGUCUUUGCCCAAAGUGGAAGGUGACCUCAAGGGCCCCGAAAUUGACAUCAGGGGGCCCAAAAUGGACAUUGAUGCCCCUGAUGUGGAUGUUCAUGGUCCAGAUUGGCACCUGAAAAUGCCCAAGGUGAAAAUGCCCAAGUUCAGCAUGCCUGGCUUCAAAGGAGAGGGCCCAGAAGUGGAUGUGAACCUGCCAAAGGCUGACAUUGAUAUUUCUGGCCCCAAAGUGGACAUUGAUGCCCCAGAUAUGAAUAUUGAAGGUCCAGAUGCAAAAUUGAAGGGCCCCAAGUUCAAAAUGCCAGAGAUGAACAUCAAAGCUCCCCAAAUCUCCAUGCCUGACCUUGACUUUAACCUGAAGGGCCCCAAAGUGAAGGGUGAUGUGGAUGUUUCUUUGCCCAAGGUGGAAGGUGACCUCAAGGGCCCUGAAAUUGACAUCAAGGGCCCCAAAUUGGACGUCGACACUCCUGAUAUCAAUAUUGAAGGUCCAGAAGGAAAAUUGAAGGGCCCCAAAUUUAAGAUGCCAGAGAUGCAUAUUAAAGCCCCCAAGAUCUCCAUGCCUGACUUUGAUUUAAAUUUGAAAGGACCAAAAGUAAAGGGUGAUGUGGACCUUUCAUUACCUAAGGUGGAAGGUGAUCUAAAAGGGCCAGAGGUGGACAUUGAAGGUCCUGAAGGGAAACUCAAAGGUCCCAAAUUUAAGAUGCCUGAUGUCCAUUUCAAAACCCCACAAAUCUCCAUGAGCGACAUUGAUUUGAACUUGAAAGGACCUAAGAUAAAGGGAGAUUUGGAUAUUUCCAUUCCUAAACUGGAAGGAGAUCUGAAAGGCCCCAAAGUGGAUGUUAAAGGGCCUAAUCUGGACAUAGACAUGCCUGAUGUUGACAUUCAUGGCCCAGAAGGGAAACUGAAGGGUCCCAAGUUUAAAAUGCCUGACCUGCACCUCAAGACACCCAAGAUCCCUAUGCCUGAAGUGGACCUGAAUCUGAAGGGUCCCAAGGUAAAGGGUGAUGUGGAUGUGUCUCUGCCCAAAGUGGAAGGUGACCUAAAGGCCCCAGAAGUUGACAUCAAGGGCCCCAGAGUGGACAUCGACGUCCCAGAUGUGGAUGUUCAUGGCCCAGACUGGCACCUGAAGAUGCCCAAGGUGAAAAUGCCCAAGUUCAGCAUGCCUGGCUUCAAAGGAGAGGGCCCAGAAGUGGAUGUGAACCUACCCAAGGCUGACAUUGAUGUCUCAGGACCCAAGGUGGACAUUGAUGUUCCAGAUAUGAAUAUUGAAGGUCCAGAUGCAAAACUGAAGGGCCCCAAGUUCAAGAUGCCAGAGAUGAACAUCAAAGCUCCUAAGAUUUCCAUGCCUGAUAUUGACUUUAACCUGAAAGGUCCCAAGGUAAAGGGUGAUGUGGAUGUGUCUUUGCCUAAAGUGGAAGGUGACCUCAAGGGCCCCGAAAUUGACAUCAGGGGGCCCAAAAUGGACAUUGAUGCCCCUGAUGUGGAUGUUCAUGGUCCAGAUUGGCACCUGAAAAUGCCCAAGGUGAAAAUGCCCAAGUUCAGCAUGCCUGGCUUCAAAGGUGAGGGCCCAGAAGUGGAUGUGAACCUGCCAAAGGCUGACAUUGAUAUUUCUGGCCCCAAAGUGGACAUUGAUGCCCCGGAUGUGACUAUUGAAGGUCCAGACGCGAAAUUGAAGGGUCCCAAGUUCAAGAUGCCAGAGAUAAACAUCAAAGCUCCCAAAAUCUCCAUGCCUGAUGUUGACCUGGAUUUGAAAGGAUCCAAAGUCAAAGGAGAUUUUGAUGUGUCCGUCCCUAAGAUUGAAGGUACUUUCAAAGGCCCAGAAGUAGACCUUAAAGGUUCAGGUCUGGAUUUUGAAGGCCCGGAUGCCAGGUUCAGUGGCCCAAAUUUGAAGAUGCCAUCGCUGGAUAUAUCUACCCCUAAAGUAACUGUUCCUGAUGUUGAUUUGCAUUUCAAGGCACCCAAAAUUGGGGUUUCUGGUCCCAAGUUGGAAGGUGCUGAACUGGACCUCAAAGGGCCCAAAGUUGAUUUAGAAGCUCCAAGCUUAGAUGUACACACAGAGAGCCCAGAUAUUAAUAUUGAGGGGCCAGACAUUAAAAUUCCCAAAUUUAGGAAACCCAAGUUUGGUUUUGGGGCAAAAAGCCCUAAAGCUGACUUUAAGUCACCUUCCCUGGAUGUGACCAUUCCUGAGGCAGAGCUGAAUGUUGAGACUCCUGAAAUUAGUGUUGGUGGCAAGGGCAAGAAGAGUAAGUUUAAAAUGCCAAGAAUUCACAUGAGUGGCCCUAAAAUGAAGGCCAAAAAACAGGGAUUUGACUUGAAUGUUCCUGGGAACGAAAUUGAUGCCAGUCUUAAGCCUCCUGAUGUAGAUGUCAAUGUUGCCGGGCCAGACGCCACACUUAAAGCUGAUGUGAAAUCCCCCAAAACCAAGAAACCUAUGUUUGGGAAAAUGUACUUUCCAGAUGUAGAAUUUGACAUUAAAUCACCUAAAUUCAAAGCUGAGGCCCCCCUCCCUAGCCCCAAACUGGAGGGUGAAAUCCAGGCACCUGAUGUGGAUAUUUCUUCUCCUGGGAUUCAUGUGGAAGGUCCCGAUAUCAAGCUGAAGGCUCCCAAGAUCAAGCUGCCCGGUAUGGAUGUCUCAGGGGGAAAAAUAGAGGGUGACUUGAAAGGCCCCAGGGUGCAGGCGAACUUGGACGCACCUGACAUCAACAUUGAAGGCCCAGAUGCUAAAGUCAAAGCCCCGUCGUUCGGCAUUUCUGGCCCUCAGGUCUCCAUCCCCGAUGUGAACGUUAGCUUGAAAGGACCAAAGAUAAAGGGUGAUGUCCCCAUUGUGGGACUGGAAGGACCAGACGUAGAUCUGCAAGGUCCAGAAUCAAAGAUCAAAUUCCCCAAGUUUUCAAUGCCCAAGAUCAGCGUCCCUGGUGUGAAGAUGGAAGGGGUAGGAGCUGAGGUCCAUGCCCAGCUGCCCUCUCUCGGAGGAGGCUUGAAUGCACCUGAUGUUAAGCUUGAAGGGCCGGAUGUGUCUCUGAAAGGGCCAAGAGUAGACUUGCCUUCAGUGAACCUCUCUAUGCCAAAAGCCUCUGGACCUGACCUUGACCUGAACUUGAAAGGACCAAGUUUGAAGGGAGACCUGGAUGCCUCUGUUCCCGGUGUGAAGGUGCACUCCCCAGGGCUUGACCUCAGAGGUCAAGGUGGAAAGGUGAGGAUGGAAGGAGACAGUGUGAAAGUGCCUGGGAUCGACGCCACGCUAAACCUGGGCACCCCAGAUGUGACCCUGAAGGGACCAAGCCUGCAGGGAGACCUGGCUGUCUCUGGUGACAUCAAAUGCCCUAAAGUAUCAGUAGGUGCUCCUGAUCUAAGCUUGGAGGCCCCUGAAGGUGGCAUUAAACUUCCCCAAAUGAAGCUGCCCCAGUUUGGCAUCUCGACUUCAGGGUCCGACUUGGACAUGAACGUCCAAGGGCCACAAGUGACUGGAGAACUACAGGCCCCAGGCAUCGGUGUGAACCUCGGAGGCCUGAACCUGAAAGGGCCUCAGAUCUCUGACCCUCAAAUCUCAGCACCAGACAUGGACCUGAACUUGGAAGGACCAAAAAUAAAAGGGAGCCUCGGGGCCACUGGUGAAAUGAAAGGCCCCACUGUUGGAGGAGGUCUUCCGGGCAUCAGUGUUCAAGGCCUCGAAGGAAACGUCCAGAUGCCUGGAAUUAAGUCCUCUGGAUAUGGUGUGGAGCUGCCAGGCGUGAGUGUGAAACUCCCAACGGGGCAAAUUUCUGGUCCCGCAAUCAAAGGCGAUCUGAAAGGUUCAGGAAUAGGUUUCCAUGGGGCUGCUCCCGACAUUAACGUCAAGGGGCCUUCACUUAAUGUGGCCUCUCCUGAGUCAGAUUUCGGUGUCAGCUUGAAGGGCCCGAAAAUCAAAGGAGGUGUGGAUGUUUCAGGGGGUGUCAGCGCCCCAGCUGUCAGCCUGGGCGAAGGGAACGUGAGCGUCAAAGGACCCCAGGCCUCCUCCACUCUCAACUUGGAUGCACCUAAGUUUGCUGGGGGACUUCAUUUCUCAGGACCAAAGGUAGAAGGAGGUGUGAAAGGAGGCCAGGUUGGACUCCAGGGUCCUGGGCUGAGUAUGUCUGGGUCUCCAGGUCACUUGGAAAGCAGAUCUGGAAAAGUAACAUUCCCCAAGAUGAAGAUCCCCAAAUUCACCUUCUCUGGCCGUGAGCUGGUUGGCAGAGAAGUGGGGGUAGAUAUUAACUUCCCUAAAGCGGAGGCCACUGUCCAGGCUGGGGCCGGAGAGGGAGAGUGGGAAGAGUCUGACGUAAAACUUAAGAAGUCCAAAAUCAAAAUGCCCAAGUUCAAUUUUUCCAAACCUAAAGGGAAAGGUGGUGUCACGGGCUCCCCGGAAGCAACCAUUUCAGGGUCCAAAGGCGACCUGAAGAGCUCGAAGGCCAGCCUGGGUUCUCUGGAAGGAGACGCCGAGGCUGACACAUCAUCACCCAAAGGCAAAUUCUCCUUAUUUAAAAGUAAGAAGCCCCGGCACCGCUCCAAUUCCUUCAGCGACGAACGGGAGCUCUCGGCGCCUUCCACCCCGACGGGGACUUUGGAGUUUGAAGGUGGGGAAGUGUCACUGGAAGGCGGGAAAGUCAAAGGGAAACACGGAAAGCUGAAAUUUGGUACCUUUGGUGGAUUGGGUUCAAAGAGCAAAGGUCAUUAUGAGGUGACUGGGAGCGAUGACGAGACAGGCAAGUUACAGGGAAGUGGAGUGUCCUUGGCCUCUAAGAAGUCCCGACUGUCUUCUUCUUCCAGCAAUGACAGUGGGUCUAAGGUUGGCAUCCAGCUUCCCGAGGUGGAGUUGGUGGUUUCCAAGAAAGAGUAGCAGGCCUCUAUGUGUGUGUACAUAUAUGUAUAAAAAUACACCAGCCUUGGGUGUGUUUGUAUAUAAACUCCAGAGAGAAACACGCCGACAGCCUCAGCGUAAUGCAGAGAUCUGGCCUCUGCCUGUGCCAAGUGCUGAAAAAGCCAACCAGCCGCCUUAGUUCCCCCGGCCCGGAGCUUUACAGAUACAGGAACUAAGGGUUCCAAGUUCGUCCAGCCCAUGUGCAGAGCCAACAGUAUUUGCCUUGAGAUUACAGUUUUGUUUUGUUUUGUUUUUUUUGCAUUGAAUGCUGAGAGCUCCUGUUUACUAAGCAAGCUUUUGUGUUUAUUAUCCUCAUUUUUACUGAACAUUGUUAGUGUCGGGGUAAUGGAAACCCACUUUUUCAUUGUAAUGACUUUGGGGGCUUUUGUUAGUAAGGGUGGGGUGGGGUAGAAGGCAGUAGAGGGGGCCAGACCUCCAUUUCUCCUAAGAUUGGAUCUGUUCAAACAGGGAACACCCAGGGAGGGCCGAGAGGAGCCGCCAGGCAGGGCGCAUGGGUGUCUUUAGGUCUCUUUAGCAUUGCUUUUUUCCCCCAGGGGUGGCGGUCCUAGCCAGUUUGGUGUUCACGGUGAGACGGAAUUAGAAUCUGUUUGCAAAUUGGCCGAUGUCCCCCCAGCUCAACACGUUCUGUGCAUUGUGGGAGAAAUGUUUCCUUCAUGGCCGCCACAUUCCUGAGACUAGUUCUGAUUUCUUUUAAUAAAUGUUACCGUGAUUAAGAAAAUUUCCCGCACUUUAAUGGCAAAUUAAUUGAGAAUGUAAGAAAAUCGAUGCUGUCAAAGGCAAAUAAAGCUGUUUAUUAACCCUGA